UCAACCCGCGAGGCCGACUUCACCUCAAAUCCUGAAAAUCUUAUUUACUUAAACAAUGGCGCCAACCAAAGCAGAAAAGAAGCCCGCAGAGAAAAAGCCAGCCGAGAAGACCCCAGCUUCGUCGGAGAAGAAGCUUAAGGCCGAGAAGAAGAUCGCUAAAGACGGCGGCGACAAGAAGAAGAAGAAGGUCAAAAAGAGCACCGAAACUUACAAGAUCUAUAUCUUCAAGGUCUUGAAACAGGUUCAUCCUGACAUUGGGAUCUCCAGCAAGGCCAUGGGCAUUAUGAACAGUUUCAUCAACGAUAUCUUUGAAAAACUUGCUCAAGAGGCUUCCAAGUUAGCGAGAUAUAACAAGAAGCCUACGAUCACCUCACGCGAGAUCCAGACCGCCGUUCGAUUGGUGUUGCCUGGCGAGUUAGCGAAGCAUGCCGUAUCUGAGGGAACUAAGGCCGUAACCAAAUUUACGAGCUCUUAGAAUCCGAAUCGGUAAAUUUUGGGAUUAGGUUUACGUUUGCAGUUACGGUAACAUGUUGUGUAGAUUCUGGUUUCUCUGGUAAUAGGUGUAUCGAACUAAUAGUGUUAAUGAAUAACAAGUUCCUUCGGUCGAUUCUCUUCA